GCGGGCGGGGAUGGGGCUGGGGCUGGGCCCCUCCGCUCCCGGUGCCGCACGGGGGAAGGGUCGGGGCAGUGCCGGGAGGUGCUGAGGGGGUCUGGGGAGUCGCUGACACUGGCGCGGUGCCCAGGGAGGGAGAGCGGGGCACCGGGAGCCUUUCCCCCGUCAGGCUAAGCCUAUUCAUGUGAUGGAAACAUACAUCAGGAAAAUGGCGUGGUUGUUGGACAAUGAUCAAUCUUUGGAAAAAAUUGGGUUGACAAAGUUGCAUCUACAGGGUGACCAUCCACCAUGGCAAGAUUUUGCUGUGCCCCAGCCAGGACCAGAUCACGGAUUGCUGGGAACACAUAGCAGCCAGACACAAGAUGUGCUGAGAGAACAAAUUAAGAAAACACAGUCUCAGAAGGUGCAAACAACAGAAGAAUGGAUAAGACACUACAGUUUGGAAUCCUUGCAAUUAACAUUAGAGCAUCUGUGCUCCAGGAAUUCAGGAAACAGUGAAGAGAUGGAGUUUACAGAGGAGACUGUUAAUGAUUUUGAAUCCAGACUUUCUGAUGUGAUUGAACUCUACCAGCACCGAAUCGAGUGGCUGUUGCAGGACAGCAGAAAGGUGUUCGGUGUUAUAAAAGGAACUAAAGUUGGACUUUUGGUUGAUGUGUCUCAUUUGAGUUAUGGACCUAGACUACUGGAUUUUCAGAAGAACCUUUUGUGCCUAAUAGAUGAGCAGCUUUGUUAUAAGGAGCAAUUGUACUGCCUCUCAUUCAGUACAGAAAUUUCACCGCUGUGGGAGAGUCCAAAAACCAUCAACAUUCAUGUGCUGCAUGAAGUAAGACAGUGGAUACAAGAGCUGGAGCCUGGUCGAGGCUGCAAUUUGCUGAAAGCCUUAAGGCAUGUCCUUCCAAUGAAAGAACUGAAUUCCCUGGUUCUUAUUGUAGGAAGCUGCCCUGAUCAGUCUUUUGAAAUAUUAUGUGAUUAUGCUCAGCAGUGUAUGCUGGGGAGAAAAGUGCAGAUUCACACUGUUACAUAUGAUUGCAGCAACCCUGCUUCUCUUGCAGUUCUAAAGAACCUUGCAGAAGCUGUAAGAGGCCGUUACCAUUGCUACUCUUCCAAGGGUGAGAAUUUUGAUAGCAGUGAUUUUCAUCUGCUACUUCAGGAAUCCCAGAAGGCUAAGGACCUACUCAAGAGCAUCAAACAGACUUUUCAAGGAAGAGUUGGUGGCUUGCUUGGUAGUAAAAGAGCAGAGGUUUGCACAGAAUUUGCAAAUACAGCACCUUCCAGCUUCUUCCUGAAGCCUCCAGAGCACAAAGCACCAUUAGUUAUUCAAACACCAGGCAUCCUGGCCAAAACCUCAGCAGACUGGUUAAAGACAUAUGGAUUAAAAGCUAAAAAGUUAGACCUUUAUCAAGUUCUGGCUCCCAAUGCUUUCUCUCCUGUGGAAGAUUUUGUACCUAUUCUUAAAAAAACAGUAUCAUCAACUCUACAUGAGAAACUGAUGAUACAGUUUGAGUGGCAUGAUGGAACUGUAAAAAAUAUCCAUGUUGACCUGCCAGUAUUGUACAACUAUCAGAAACUUCUUGCUAAAAUGGUAAGGAUCUAUGAGAAACGAAUUGACUGGCUAUCUGUUGCUAGCAGAAGAAUAUGGGGAAGUGUUUGUGAAAGAAGGGUGGUUGUACUUGUUGAUAUAUCAGUGACAAACUCUACCUACAUCUCUCAUAUCCAACAUUCCUUGCGACUUUUACUUGAGGAACAAAUGUCAAAUAAGGAUUUCUUCAAUAUUAUAGCAUUUGGGAGUGAGGUUGUGCCUUGGCAGCAGGAACUGUGUCCUUCCCAACCAGAAAACUUAGAAAAGGCUUGGAGGUGGGUGUUGAGCUUGGAGUGCAAGGGCAGUAGAAAUUUCAUGAGUGCGCUCAGGAGAGCUGUGGAAGUUGACUUCAAAGACAAAGAUAAACAGAAAUCACAAGGACUCUACCUGCUGACUACUGGAAUACCUGAUCAGGAAACACACACAAUCAGUGCCUAUGUGGCUGAGGCUUGUGGAGGUUUUGAUUUGCAGCUCCAUGUGUGUCUGUUCAGUGUCACAGCGGGCACUGGCUCCAGUGGGAUUGUCCCAGCGCGCUACGCCAGCCCAAGGGAAGCUGCCAGUGCUUUUAGAGAGAUUGUACAGGCAGCCAAGGGGAGGUUCCACUGGUUUGGAGAAGCAGGUAUUUUUGAAAGUGAUGAUAUUACCUGUAUUAUAUCUGAAAUGGAAAAAGCAAAGAACUAUUCCCAAAAGUGUGCAUUCCUAGUGGAGUCCUUAAAGCAACGCUCAGUAAAUCAGUCUGUGAAACCCCUCACACCAGAAGGAGACUCAAAUGUGCCCAUGAGGAACAAGAUAAGAAAACCACAGAAGGUGCCAUCUCCUAAACCCACAGCUGUGCUUAAGGAUGUUAAAGACAACCACGGUGGAGAGAGAAAUACUCCUGUAAGAGUACAGGCAUGGCGUCCUCCCAGUGCCAAAGCAGGAAUUCCUCCAGCACAAACAGUAAAAGAAUGGCCUGAGACUGAGAAUAAGAGAAAGCACAAACCCAGGAAGCAGCCAGAGCUUUCUGUGUCCGUAUUUUACACGGGAGAAGGAAGAAAUGUGGGUACAAUAUAUCAGAAGUAUCCAAAGGCAAUGUGUGUAAGAAAAUCUGUUUGCUCUGUCAUAUUGCCAGAGGAAGAGGAAAUCUGUUCAAGCAAAGAGUGGCUGACCAAGUACAGUAUUAAAAAGCUUAAACUGGAGUUGCCCAGGCUGAUGUUUGGCCCAGGCUGUAUCCACCAGAAGAAAACUGUGGAGUCUCUGCACAAGGAAGUAUCAGCAAAAUACUGUUCUAUCUUCCCCAGUGCAGAAAUCAAUGGGGUUGUGAAACAUCUGCAGUUUCACCCUAAAGAGCUGGAAACCUACACAGAACAGCUGGAGAAGGCGCUGCAGCGCUACAUCCAGAGAGUGCAGUGGCUUCUCUCAGGAAGCCGAAGAUUGUUUGGGACCAUUUUAGAAGCAAAUGUCUGUGUUUUGAUUGAUACCUCUGGUUCCAUGGGCCCAUAUUUGCCACCUGUCACAAAAGAACUUACCUCGCUCAUCUGGGAACAGCUGAGAAAAAAUAAAGUCAGGUUUAACCUGCUGAGAUUUGCAGAUAAUACAGAGAGUUGGAGAGAGUCUCUUGUGGAAGCAACUGAUGAAAGCUGCCAUGAUGCUGUGCAGUGGGCUUCCACGUGCCGUGCCCAUGGGAACUCCUGCAUCCUUGCAGCUUUACAGAAAGCUCUCAGUUUCCAAGGUGUAGAGGCACUGUAUCUAUUGACUGAUGGAAAACCAGGCACCAGUUGCAGUCUGAUUUUGAAAGAAAUUGAAAGUUUGAUAAAGAAACAAGAUACUAAAAUCCACACCAUUUGUUUUAGCUGUGCAGACAGAGGAGCUGUUGAAUUCCUGAAGAAGCUUGCUUCCCAAACAGGAGGGCGCUUCCACUGCAGUGCUGGAGGUGAAGAUGGACAAUUAGCAGCACACAGAAUAUUGACAGAAGGGCUGGAUGAUGAAGAUAAUCCAGUUUUCCCCUACUUUGAAGGAGAUGAUUUAAAGAAACUUACUCAAGAAGUGGCAAAAGCUAGAAGUUUCUUAAAGCAGGCAAAAUCUUGGAGAUUAUUGCUUGAAAAAUGGAACACGAACCAAAAAGACAAAUCUGGCUUUCAAAAAAGUGUUCAGGAUUAAAUUUUAGAUGAAGAAAAGAUGCUGAAGAGGUUUGGAAUCACACCAUUAACCUGCUUCUUUUCAAAGUGCUCUCACACCUUCCAGCUUCAAGCAGAAAGAAAGACUUUUUUCUUUGUUGUCACGACUGCUGGCAAGACAAGAAGUUGCAGGUGAUAAGUGCUGCACUGACCCCACUUGCAGAUUUUGCAGGAUUCAAAGUAAAUCAAGUCCUGAACUCCAUGAAUUUUAAACAUAAGUAGAGGAUAGUUUUCAAUAUAGUUAAUACAAAUUUUUAAAGUGUAUGUAUCAGUAGUUAUACAGGGUCACAACUUUUGUUUCUCUUUUACUGCAUUGUAUUAAUAAUUUCUACAAUUAGUUGCUGGUAUGUCUAAAUUGCCUUUUUUGUCUGAUGGUUUGAGAAUUCUUUACUGGUGCUUAUUAUGCCUAACAGAUGGGCAGAUGGCUGUGAUGUUAGGAAGAGAAUUCUUUAUGCCAGUUUUGCAUAGAAAGUCCAAGAAAUAACCUCAGUGCAGAAAACAAAGAGAAGUUUUGCUAAUAAUUAUUUUGACUCUGCUUUUCAUGUUGGCAGUGAAGAAAGAUUUAGAGCUGAUGAUUCAGAAAUGAUCAGACAUGCAAGAAAGUAAUACCCUGUUGCUGAUGUAGCCUAGUUGUGUUUGUAUGACCAGACACUGCCUGUCUUCUGAGCAAUCCUGUUCUUACAUAUUUCCUGUCUAGAAAGAUUAAAAAUGUUUGCCAGUAUCAGUUGAUUUGGUUUUUACUGAUUUCUGUAGUGAUCCCUCGCUAGUAUUUUGUAGAAGUUCACUGUUACCUUUUAGGGGAUUAGAAAUUCAUUUCAGGUGUUUAAUAUAUGUAAUAUAAUAAAAAUGGAUUCAUACUUCAAAAUUAAUAUAUUGAGUCUGCAUUUAUUCAGGAGCCAUUUGCAUCUCCUGUUUGCCACUGGAUAUGCUGUGAUAUGGGAGAUUGUGUCUUUUCUGUACUUUUAUCUCUUUUGUCUCUACAUAGAAUUAAAAAUUACUUCUAGCAUAAA